AUGGUGACAAAAAGCCUGCUAUGGGAUACAUUUAUGAGGCAAUGGAUAGAGCUAAGGAGGCUAUUGCUAAAGCCUUUGGUGAUGAUUCAACAAAAUAUUCUGAGGUAUUUGAAGGAGACUAUUGCUAAAGCCUUUGGUGAUGAUUCAACAAAAUAUUCUGAAGUAUUUGAUAUCAUUGAUAAGAGGUGGCAGGAUCAGCUUCAUCGUCCUUUGCAUGCUGCAGGAUAUUACCUUAAUCCUGCAUUUUUCUAUGACCAUCCAAAUAUCGAAGGGGAUGACGAAGUUAUGAGAGGUCUUUAUCAAGUCAUUGAGAAGAUGGUGCCCACACAAGACCAAGACAAGGUUGAUAGGCAGUUGGAUAUAUACAGGCAUGCUGGGGGUCUUUUUGGUAUGGAGAUAGCUAAGAGAAACAGAAAGAAGAAGUCUCCAGCACCAGAGUUGCAGAAGCUUGCUGUUAGAGUCCUCAGCCUUACUUGUAGCUCCUCUGGCUGUGAAAGAAAUUGGAGUACUUUUGAGCAAAUACAGACCAAGAAGAGAAAUAAGUUGGAUCAUAAGAGGCUGCAAGAUCUAGUUUACUGCAAGUACAACCAAGCUUUGAAGGAGAGAUAUGACCGCAGAGAUUCUAUUGAUCCGAUUAAAUUGGCUGAUAUAGAUGAAAGCAAUGAAUGGUUGUUAGGGCAGUUCGGUGCAGGUGAAAAUGCAGAGAAUGACUUGGUGGAGGGCGAGGAUAACCUUACAUAUGGUGUCAUAGGAGAUGCGAUAGGAGUUGAAGAAGAUGAUUCUAUGUAUCUAAGAUCGACUAAUAGGUUUCGAGGAUCUUCGAGUGGUAUUGGUUCUUCGUCAAGGAGGAGGGAGCUAGUUUCUGAGUCAGAAGAUGAAGAGGAGUUUAAUGACGAGGAGGAGGAGACUGAAGAUGAGGAUAUACCCUUAGAAGGGGAUGAUGAUGAUGUUAAUGAUGAUGAUGUUAAUGAGGAUGAUUUGAAUCAUUAG